GCCGCGAACUGGGAGUGACGCUUCUGUGGCUGGAGGCUGAUUGGUCCAGGAGUGCAGCCAACGAGUUCCGUGUCGGUCCAGGAAGCAGCUCUGAGCUGUCCCCGUGGCUGGACAGCUCACAGGUAUUCCUGCCCCACCCUGCCCUGCCUCCCAGGGAGUCUUUGCUCUGAGUUCUCCUUUGAAGAACAAAACCCAGCAACCUUCAGGGUCCUACUGUGACAGAAAAGAUGGUCCUUAAAACCAAAGAAGACGAUGUUCCCAGUGACCUGACUGCAGAGGAGCGCCAGGAGCUGGAGAACAUUCGGCGGAGGAAGCAGGAGCUGCUGGCCGACAUCCAGAGGCUGAAGGAUGAGAUAGCAGAAGUAGCUAAUGAAAUUGAAAACCUGGGGUCCACAGAAGAGAGGAAAAACAUGCAGAGGAACAAACAGGUAGCCAUGGGCAGGAAAAAAUUCAACAUGGAUCCUAAAAAAGGGAUCCAGUUCUUAAUAGAGAAUGAUCUGCUGAAGAACACUUGUGAAGACAUCGCCCAGUUCUUGUAUAAAGGUGAAGGGCUCAACAAAACAGCCAUCGGUGACUACCUGGGGGAGAGAGAUGAGUUUAACAUCCAGGUUCUUCAUGCGUUUGUGGAGCUACAUGAGUUCACUGAUCUCAACCUUGUCCAGGCCUUACGGCAGUUCCUGUGGAGCUUCCGGCUGCCGGGAGAGGCCCAGAAGAUUGACCGGAUGAUGGAGGCGUUUGCCCAGCGCUACUGUCAGUGCAACCACGGGGUGUUCCAGUCCACAGACACGUGUUAUGUCCUCUCAUUUGCCAUCAUCAUGUUGAACACCAGCCUGCAUAACCCCAAUGUCAAAGACAAGCCCACCGUGGAGAGGUUCAUUGCCAUGAAUCGAGGCAUCAACGACGGGGGAGACCUGCCCGAGGAGCUGCUCCGGAAUCUGUAUGAGAGCAUAAAAAACGAACCCUUUAAAAUCCCAGAAGAUGAUGGGAAUGACCUUACUCACACUUUCUUCAACCCAGACCGAGAAGGCUGGCUAUUGAAGCUCGGUGGCAGGGUAAAGACUUGGAAAAGACGCUGGUUCAUUCUGACUGACAACUGCCUUUACUACUUUGAAUACACGACGGAUAAGGAGCCCCGUGGAAUUAUCCCAUUAGAGAACCUGAGUAUCCGGGAGGUGGAAGACUCCAAAAAACCAAACUGCUUUGAGCUUUACAUCCCCGACAAUAAAGACCAAGUGAUUAAGGCCUGUAAGACGGAGGCUGACGGGCGAGUGGUGGAGGGGAACCACACGGUGUACCGCAUCUCAGCCCCAACACCUGAGGAGAAGGAUGACUGGAUCAAGUGCAUCAAGGCAGCCAUCAGCAGGGACCCUUUCUACGAGAUGCUAGCCGCACGGAAGAAGAAGGUCUCUUCCACGAAAAGACAUUGAGUCUACGCAGCCAGCAGGGCCGGUGUGCCCGGCGAGUGAGGCCCAGCGAGUGAGGCCCGGUGCAGCCUCCCUGCCUCCCGUGCAGUGGGAGCGUCUUGCCAGGCAUUGCCCUGAGUUCCUAGAGACUAGCUUCAGCUUUUGCUAAUUUUUUUAAGUGGGAGAAGGGUAGGCAGCUACCCUUGGAGAAGGGGGCCUGAUGCCUUCACACUUGGGUUUUGAGCCUUUCUCUCUAAAAAGAACAGAGCUCCUGUCGGCCAUGCUGCCUCCCCGCAAGUCUCCACUCAACAGGUCUGAUAGCAGAGCUCGGAGCCGACCAUUUACCUCUCGGUUAUUCCCUGGGAAGAAGCCUUCAACCCUGCACCAUAAAUAUGUGUACCCAUAUCUUAUUUUAUGUUAAGAAAAAAGUGGAAUGGAAGAGAAGCCACAUGCUAUAAAGAUAUAUUUUUGUCUUUUAAAGAAAGAGAAAGAGAAGGUAGAGCUGUCCAGGCAUUCUGCCUGUCUGCUUCGGGAAGCUUCUCCCGAGAGAAGAAGCUCCCUGGGCCGCCGCUGUGCAUGUCAGCCCGGGCAGGGGCAGGGGCCAGGCGGGCCCCCUCCUCAUGCUUCUGGGGCCUCGUCUGGGUGAGAGAGGGGGUGGCGAGAGGGGGGAGGGGGCUGCGCGGCGAGGACAGACUCGGGGCCUGCAGGGCAGCACCGGCCACUCCAGCUGAUGCUUUUCCUUCCAGGUGCCUGGGGAGCACUGCGGGGAGAAGGGAGCCCGCCCCCCGCCUGCGCUGUUCCUUCUCUUUCAGGACUCGUUCUUGUCGGGCUUUAAAAUAGUCAGCAUCUUUCCUUGAGCUACAUACCUAAUAACCAAAACUGUGAGGAAGGUAGUCCCAUCAGAGAUUCUGGGAUAACCUGUUUCUUAUUUGGUUUUUCUUCCUCCUGCCCCUGAACUCCAUUCCUCGUUUUAGAGGAAGGAGCAGGUCUGACCCCAUCACCUUAGGGCUUCAGCCUUUUCUGCCUCCGAACUGGCCUUCACCUGGACUCGCCGUGCGUGUGGCGCUGGCCCUUGGAGAGGAGCGGGCCUUCAUCUGCGCGGCAGGGGCGGGUGGGGGGAGCCGGAGGGCGAGUGGUCGGCCUCCCGCUGGAGUCGGCCUUGCCCUCCUAACGCGUGGCCUGAAGGAGCCGUGGCCGCCGCUCUCCUGCUGUUCUCUCAGGGACUCUCGUCCGGGGCCCGGCGCCCGGUCCAGGCAGAGCAGGGCUGGCCGGGCCAUUGCAGCGCCAGUGUGACCCUGGCUCCUCUGACACCUUCCGGGCGGGCUCACAUCUCUGGAAAUGGCUUUUGUAAAGGGGAGUGGUGGGGUCACUUUCUGGGGUCCCCCCUUCAUGUAGGUCCUACCUGGAGUGGCUUCAGGCGUUUUAAUGCCAGAGCUCGUGAAGGUGGCAGAAGAGGGUCCAGGCUGGGAACCUGAAAUUUCUGGGCGGGAGAACCAGGGUGGUGCCAGCCGAGGUCCAGGGGGUCUGGGUCGGUGCUGGAGCCCCUCUGGCUAUCUGAGUCCCUGGCCCUGGUUCUCACGAAUAUUACCUAGACAGAGAGGCACCUGGAUCAGUAUUAGUCUAUUUAUCAGAGGUGUAAAUAAUCCAUGUAUAGUUUUUCUCCUUUUAGAUUAUUUUGUAUUUGUUUUAAAAAAAAGUUUUGUCAAAAUAUAAAGAAAUGACUGAAAGUUGUUGACAGGGUUUUUAAAAAAAUUAUAAUUAUUCCAAUCGGUUUUUGUUUGUCUGGUUUUUUUUUGCAUUGUAAACUAGCGCCAAGGAACUGCAGCAAAUAAACUCCACAUCUGCCCAAA